CCUAUCUUCAGCCAAAAACUUUCUCAUCAGAAGAAACUCAUAGCAGCCACAACAACAUGCCCAUCUGAGAAAAGGUCUCGAGUCGCAUCCAGUUUUCAACUUCUCUCACCAGACGAGACUUAGCGUCAAUCUUCAAACUCAUUCACCAGAAGAGACUCAGCAACCACAACACGAUGCCUUCAACUCACGAACGCCCCAAGCCCUGGGACACAGGGGACGUUGACAAAUGGAAGAUCGACGCCUUCACUCCCAAGGAUAAUGUUGGCGGCACCUUUCUUGAGGAGUCUUCCUUCUCUCUACUUUUCCCCAAAUACCGUGAAGUCUACCUAAAGGAAGCUUGGCCUCUGGUUACCCGAGCUCUCGAGAAGCACGGAAUUGCUUGCACGCUCGAUUUGGUCGAGGGUUCUAUGGCAGUCAAGACCACCCGGAAGACGUAUGAUCCCGCCGCCAUUCUCAACGCACGCGACCUCAUCAAGCUCCUGGCUCGCUCCGUACCCGCACCUCAAGCUAUCAAGAUCCUCGAAGAUGGUGUUGCCUGCGAUGUAAUUAAGAUACGCGGCCUGUGUGGUAGCAAGGAAUCCUUCGUCAAGAGGAGGCAAAGAAUCCUCGGACCCAAUGGUUCAACUCUCAAGGCCCUCGAGCUACUCACAGAAACAUACAUUCUGGUCCAUGGAAACACAGUCUCCGCUAUGGGGCCCUACAAGGGACUGAAGGAGCUGCGACGAGUCGUGGAAGAUUGCAUGCAAAAUGUCCAUCCAAUCUAUCACAUAAAAGAAAUGAUGAUAAAACGAGAGCUUGCAAAGGAUCCCGAACUUGCCAACGAGAGCUGGGAUCGCUUCCUCCCCAACUUCAAAAAGAGGUCUCUCAGCCACCGACGUGUUCCCCACAAGGUCACCGACAAGACCAAGAAGACGUAUACACCAUUCCCUCCAGCUCCCGAAAAGAGCAAGGUGGACAAGCAGAUCGAGACUGGCGAGUACUUCUUGGCCAAGGGCGACAAGAAGCGUGCUUUACACGAGGAACGCAAAGAGAAGCAGAGCAAGCGAAAGGAGGAGAAGGCAAAGGAGCGAGAGGCCGAGUUUGUUCCACCGGAAGAGGGUCGCCCCAAGAAGAAGCGCAAGAAGUCGGAAGAGUAAACAAAAAGGAGCAUCAUAUUAUGUGGAUGGGCAACUGGUGUGAGUUGUUUCAAUCUCAUGUACAAGCUCUCGAGGUGUAUGAUACCCUGAAAAUCUCGGCGUUCUUCAUGUCUCUAUUUAAGGAUUAAUAGCUAAGAAAAAUGUGCUUUCAAUUUCUGAUUCUAC